UUUUAACAGAAAACCCAGAACACACGGUAAAAAGGUAAAAAAUCCCAUGGCUGAAAAUAACCUGAGAAUUGCCGUGGAAAGAAAUCCUCCAGAGUCUAAACUCUCAGAGCUUAACAUCAAGUGUUGGCCCAAAUGGGGCUGCUCACCGGGGAAGUACCAGCUGAAGUUUGAUGCAGAGGAAACUUGUUAUUUGCUGAGAGGGAAAGUGAGGGUUUACCCCAAAGGCUCGCCGGAGUUUGUAGAGUUCGGUGCCGGAGAUCUUGUUGUUAUCCCCAAAGGUCUGAGUUGCACAUGGGAUGUCUCUGUUGCUGUGGAUAAACACUACCAAUUCGAGUCUUCUUCUUCACCGCCUCCUCCUCCUUCGUCUUCCUCUCAGAAUUAACGAUCUUUGUCUUUC